AUGUUAGCCAGCAGGGUAUGCCUCAGGGCAGCUCUGAGGCCAUGUCUUGCUCAAAGCAAGGCCACUCGCGUGAGGACUAGUAUACCGAUACAGUUCCAAGCGUCAUGGCGAACCCGGCGCAUAUUCGCGACCACACCUCGGCACCGGAAGGAUGAAGCGCGGGCACGAACAAUCCAGCAAGAGGAGGAGCAGAAGCAGCAACAACCCUCAGAGGAGAAGCAGAAGCAGCAACAACCCUCAGAGGAGAAGCAGAAGCAGCAACAACCCUCAGAGGAGAAGCAGAAGCAGCAACAACCCUCAGAGGAGAAGCAGAAGCAGCAACAACCCUCAGAGGAGAAGCAGAAGCAGCAACAACCCUCAGAGGAGAAGCAGAAGCAGCAACAACCCUCAGAGGAGAAGCAGAAGCAGCAACAACCCUCAGAGGAGAAAGUCCCAGAGAGUGUUGCAAAGGACGACAAGCCAGCGAAACCACCUACGCAGAAUGACCCGCUUCUUGCUGAGCAGACUGUCUCGAAUAAAGAGCAGCGGAAGGCAGAUUGGGCUAUCAUCAAGGACAUGGCGCACUAUCUGUGGCCCAAGAACGACUUCAACACUCGCUUUAGAGUGGGCUUGAGUGUUGGUCUACUUGUGGGCGCGAAGGCUCUGAAUGUGCAAGUUCCAUUCUACUUCAAGACCAUUGUCGAUUCCAUGAACGUUGACUUCGCGGCUGUUGGUGGGACAGCGAUGACAGUCGCGGGCGCAGCCAUCUUCUCAUAUGGUGCCGCCAGAAUAGGAGCCGCAAUAUUCCAGGAAUUCCGAAACGCCAUAUUUGCAACAGUCUCGCAGGGUGCCAUUCGCAGGGUCGCGGCUAAUGUGUUUGAACAUCUGCUCAAGCUAGACCUCAACUUCCAUCUUUCCAGACAAACUGGAGGCCUAGCAAGAGCGAUCGACCGUGGUACCAAAGGCAUCAGCUUCUUACUAACCAGUAUGGUCUUUCACAUCAUACCGACAGCAUUGGAGAUCAGUCUCGUUUGUGGUAUCCUUACCUAUCAGUUCGGUUGGAAGUUUGCCGUCCUUACAGUCGGCACCAUGGCAGCAUAUUCCUGGUUUACCAUCGCAACGACAGCUUGGCGCACCAAGUUCCGCAAGCAAGCCAACGCAGCCGAUAACAAGGGCGCAACAGUCGCCGUCGACAGCUUGAUCAACUACGAAGCCGUCAAAUAUUUCAACAAUGAAGCAUACGAAGCAAAGCGCUACGACAGCGCACUGAAGAACUAUCAAGACGCCAGCAUCAAAGUCCAAACAUCCUUGGCAUACCUCAACAGCGGCCAGAACCUCAUCUUCUCCACCGCCCUUACCGGCAUGAUGUACAUGGCCGCCCAAGGCGUAUCGACGGGUCAGCUCACAGUCGGCGACCUGGUCCUCGUGAACCAACUCGUCUUCCAACUCUCCGUCCCCCUCAACUUCCUCGGCAGCGUCUACCGCGAACUCCGCCAAUCCCUCCUCGACAUGGAAACUCUCUUCAACCUCCAAAAAGUCAACGUCGCCAUCAAAGAACCCAAAAACGCCCCAGACCUCAUCCUCAACAAAGGCGGCGAAAUCAAAUUCGAAAACGUCUCCUUCGGAUACCGCCCCGACCGCCCCAUCCUCCAAAACCUCAACCUCACCAUCCCAGCCGGCAAAAAAGUCGCCAUCGUAGGCCCCUCCGGCUGCGGCAAGUCCACGAUCCUCCGCCUCCUCUUCCGCUUCUACGACGUCCAAUCUGGCCGCAUCACAGUCGACGGCCAAGAUAUCAGGGACGUAAGCCUCGAAUCCCUCCGUAAAAGUAUCGGAGUCGUACCACAAGACACACCCCUCUUCAACGACACCAUCGAACACAACAUUCGCUACGGCAAAAUCGACUCCCCCAGAUCCUCCGUCAUCGCCGCAGCCAAACGCGCCCGCAUCCACGAAAUCAUCGAGUCCCUCCCCGACGGCUACGACACGAUGGUCGGUGAGCGCGGCAUGAUGAUUUCCGGCGGCGAAAAGCAACGUCUCGCCGUGUCACGCUUGAUCCUCAAAGACCCUCCCCUCCUCUUCUUCGAUGAGGCGACGAGUGCGCUGGAUACGCAUACGGAGCAGGUUUUGCUGCAUAAUAUCAAUAGUAUCUUGAAGGAUAAGGCGAGGACGAGUGUGUUCAUUGCGCAUAGGCUGAGGACGAUAUAUGAUUCGGAUUUGAUCAUUGUGUUGAAAGGGGGGCGUGUGGCGGAGCAGGGGACGCAUGAGAGGUUGGUGGAUAGUGGGGGGAUUUAUAGUGAGCUUUGGAGCGCGCAGGAGAUGGCGUUUGUGGAGGAGGAGGAGGAGGAGGGCAGCGAGGGAAAUGAUGGUGCAUCAGGGGAAGGUGGGAAGGCGAAGUAG